UCAUUAAGGUAGCUGGCUAUAUAAGUUUAAUAUGAUUCCUUCUGUUUCAGGCUGAUUGGAAGAAAUAUUUCAAGCACUUAUGCUAAAUUGGAGAAAUUAACACAUUUGGCAAAGAAACGAUCACUCUUUGAUGAUAGCAAUGACCGAGAGAUCCAAGAAUUAACAGGAAUCAUUCGGCAUGACUUGACUUCCCUCACAAAACAACUUAGUGAUGUGCGUAAUCGGUCUUGCAUUGCUUCUCCAACUGGCAACAAUGCUCACCUUCAGAAACACUCCACAAAUUUAGUAGGAUCAUUACAAAGCAAGGUUGCUUCUAUAACUCGAAUGUUCAAGGAUGUUCUGGAAGUUCGGACAGAGAACCUAAAGAAGCAAGCAGAACGUCGAGAGCAGUUUACAGGUGGAGUGGUGAGUGGAGAGCUUCCACCUGGUGCUGUUGCUGGCCAUCACCAGGGAUCUGUUCUCUUAGCAGAUGAAGCAGCAGCAGCUCACACUUCUAUUAGAGAAUCAAAUAGUAUAAAUGGUGAAGUAGCCAUAAACUUGGGAAAUGGUGGUGCUUACCAUCAACAGCUACAGCUAAUGGAAGAGCAGGAUACAUACCUACAGAGUCGUGCAGAUACUAUGCGCACUAUUGAAUCAACUAUUGUUGAACUUGGUCAGAUGUUCACACAGUUAGCCACCAUGGUUAAGGAGCAAGAAGAACUAGUUCAUAGAAUUGAUGCUAAUGUAGGUGAUGCUGAAUUGAAUGUUGAAGCUGCUCACUCGGAACUUCUUAAAUAUUUUAAGUCAGUCUCAUCAAAUCGAAUGCUGAUGAUUAAAGUUUUUGGAAUCAUGAUAGUCUUCUUUGUUAUUUUUGUUGUUUUUAUGGCAUAAUGUGAUAUUUAUAUAUUAAUUGGUAAGGCCUUGUACAGUGGAUUAUGUAUAAUCAACUUAUGGAACUUUCAUAAAUGUUAAGAUAAUUUGAAGAGAUGUAUGGAGAGAAGUUUUUAUAGCUAUGUACCAAUACAUGUGAACAUAGAUAUCUAUCAGAUUACAUCUAAAAAAUGCCAAAUUAAUUGUUAAAUGCUUGCUCUCCAUUCUUCAGUGACUAUUUGUAUAAAUAUAUACAUACAUAUUCUGCAAGCUUUGUAUUAAUCUGGUAACUUUUUAUGAUUAAUGAAAAUGUUCCUUUAAUGCUGUGACAACCAUUCCUUAAAUAGUCUAUAUAAUUUCCCCAUCUUCAUUUCCAAUUUGGUAAACAAUGUACAGUAUUAUAGUGCAUUUCCCCCCAUUACUUAAACCAAUCUUUCUGCUGUCAUGGUUGUACAGGAGUAUUUAUAUAUAUGCAUGCUUAAUAAAUAUAAAAAUUAU